AUGUCAGGCUCAAAUCUCAACUUACGACCAUAUUACGAUCACGACACUUUUGAUGCAGGGUAUUCUGUGAUCUUCAAGCCCGGGGUGGGCUUGAUCAACAUGCAAGAUGGAAAGCCCAUCACCACCACAGUAAUAAACCUGACCUCGGCCAUUGGUCUCAAAGGUUUAGGGGCAUUGGAGGGAAGACUGCUAGCUGGAGAUAAGAAUUACGCCUAUGAUCUUGAGCUUCAAGAAUAUUUCGAUACCAACAACUUGACUGAGUUGUUCAAGAAUUUGAUCUACAGUUUCAUAAGAAACUACUGCAAGUUCCUCUUCAUUCAGCCUUUGGAGAUCACCAGGUUGGUGUUACAAGUUGGUAAGUUUGAAGGCUUAAAGAAGAAGCAAGUAAGUGUCAAACCAAGACUUCUUUCCCGUUUAGAUUCCGGCACUGACUCUGAUUUUGACCAUAAUGAUGAUGCCCUUGACGACGAUAAUGAUGAUACCGAAGAGAUCAACUAUUUCCAAUCAACAACCAACGAAUGGAACGAUCCAACCAUAAACAGCAAUAGCAAUUCUAUACAACCUAUAAAGUCACCUAUGAAAAGAAAGAGCACCAACAAGACACCCAGAGAUGUCAUUCAACCGGUUUCCAAACAUACAGUUGAUGUUUUAACGGCCUUAGUAACUAAAGAUGGUCCUUUGGCUUUGUUUAGAGCCAUAAAUGCCAAUUUUCUUUACCAAACAUUGAAUCAUACUAUUGAAGCUUGGAUCACUGGGUUUAUAUCUCCGUUCUUGGGUAUUCCUGACCCAUUUUUCCUUGAUUUAACUCAUUCAAAUGAUCCCUUUAAGUCCCUUUGCUUAAGUGUCGCUGGUUGUGUGAUGACAGGGUUGGUGUUGAUGCCAUUAGAUUUGAUCAGAGUCAAGUUGAUGCUUACACAAUUCAACACUCCUCAUUCACUUUCAGCUUCAACUUCGACUCCAUCUUCAACUUCAACCACAACUUCUUCAGAAACAACUUCCGUUUCUACUUCUGUAUCUUCUUCAGUCAUCGAACAUCAUCAAGAUGCACCACCACAAAAGGUUAAUACAAGAUCCAUUCGUGAAUGUAUUCGCCAUUUCCCAGCAGAAUACCUUCUCAAACCUCCAGCUGGUGUAACCAUUUUGACAGUAUUAUAUCUGUUAUCUUCCACUUUGUUUAGAAAGAUGACCCCCUAUGUGUUGUACAUAAAGUUUAAUGUCGAUUCUUAUUCUUCUCCAAAUGUUUAUACUGUUGUCAACUUUCUAUCAUUAAUAUUAGAGUUCUUCAUCAAAUUGCCAUUGGAGAACCUCUUAAGAAAAGAGCAAGUGAGAUUCUUAUUGGCAAAUAAACCAACCGAUAAGGAAAAGGUCAUUUCCAUAAAGAAAGUCCAGAUGAUUGUUGAUUUUAAUGAUGUUUGGAAGACCAACGAUGACACCGAUGCCUUGAGUUCAGAUUCAACUUUACUCUCAAAAAUCAAAUGUCUUGGGUUAUUCAAUGGUUGGAGAGUAGGUGUAUUGAACGUUAUUGGGUUCUAUGGUUAUAACAUCUUGAAAAGUAACGGAGCUGAUUUCAGAGAGGAAAGGUUGUAA